GGGGCUUUGGGCUCAGUCUGGGAGGAGCGGUGGCGGGGUGCUGGGCCGGUCUGCUCCCCGCUGCCGCCAGUCGCUUCACAGCCACCGUGGAGAGCGCUAGCACCGUCUCGCCCAGCCGACGCUACAACUCUCCACACCACACCACCAACAACCUCCACUCCUCAACACACAUCAUCACCCAGGAAUGGAUGAACUGUCAGUAUUAUCCCGGCUUAACGAAUCAGGCUCAAGAAGUUCUACAGCCCAGCUACAACUCAUCGUGUAGAAAGACAGAGAAACACGUGUUUGUGAAGAGAAAAAUAAUACAAUUUAGUGCUUUAACUACAAGAAAAUAGAGAAAAUAAAGAAAGAGAGAGAGUGAUAUUAACUCACAAGUGCUUCCUACCAUAAGUGUGUAAAGCCGUGAGAAAAUAUAGAUAAAAUAUUUUGGUCACUUCUCUUCAGUGUAGCAAGUUGACCUCCCCUUCCCCCCUCUCAGCCUUACUCAUCUGCUGGACUAUAACACAUACAACAAGGUGUUGAAGAUGUUGGCGUGUCCUGGGUGCCACAUCGGGCUGGCCCCUCUGGUGCCCCCCAUGGCCCCCUGCACGCCCUCCCCUCACUGGGUUGCCGCAACGCACGUCACUCCAGGGGCAGUACAGCCGCCUUACGUGUGUGGCAGAAUGUUCCAGGUCGGGGCGCUCGGCGGGGUACGACCCUGUCUGCCAAUGCCUCAUGACGCCUGCCACGUCCUCUGCUGCCUCGCCUGCCCCCACGCCUAUCCCCACGCCUGCCCCACCUUGCGACCCUGCCAGAGUAAGCUUCUCUGUGCGGCGGCGGAAGCGAGAAGUUCCCUGCACACCUCUGGCGGGGGUCUGGUUGACGGGGAGGCCGAGACGGGGCGAAGCAUCACCCCAGACAGUAAAGCCAGCUCCCAGGUCUCCUGUCUCAACCCCUUCCUCCUCCCCGCCGCCACACCCGCAGCCACCCGCCAACCUGCCGCUCCUCAUCCCGCCGCCCCUCAUCCCACCGCCGCUCACCCCCCGCCGCCCGCCACCCAGCCCGACAGUGUGUGUGACAGUCGAGUGCUGACGGCAACGAAGCUGGCGCUGGAGGAGAGCGGGUGGUACUACGGUGCUAUAUCAUGGCAGCAGGCGGCGGCCAUGUUGCAAGACACCUCCGUUGGCACCUUCCUACUGAGGGACUCGGCCAGCCCUCAGUGCCUCUAUUCCCUCAGUGUACAGACGACCAACGGCCCCACCAGCGUCAGGAUUCACUACUCCUGCGGCAAGUUCCGGCUAGACUGUACCAGCCACAACCAGAAGAAGAACAUGCCGGAGUUUGAUGGCGUUGUUCCCCUGGUGCAGCACUACGUCAGCGUCACCUCCAGCCAGGUGUGGGUCGACCAUGAGGGCAACACCUUUAGUCCCAUCGAUAUAAGACGACCCUUCAGACGGACUGUGCCUUCCCUUCAGCACUUCUGCCGCCUGGCCCUCAACACCACCAGCGCGAGUGUCACGGACGUCCCUCUGCCACCAGCACUCAGGAGCUUCCUCAAGAGUUACCCCCACACGUGCUGACCCUUCCCCGCCCUUCACGGACACGCACAACUGUGAUCAAGGACGGUGAAGGUGUGGCCACGUGAUGGGGUAACUUGGGACCAAUACUGAAGCGGCGGUCCAGACCAGCCUUCUCCCCCCCCCCCCUCAUCAACACUCCUGGACGUCCUGUGAAGGACUUGUGGCCUGACCUGGGUAGUCAAGCUCUCAAGAUGGCUAAAUCGUCCUCGAGGUGACCAAAUCGUCCGAUAAUUAUCCCCCAUCGUCUUCAGGGCGACAAGAAGGCGUCCUCAAAAUGGCUUCAUCGUCCUCGGAACUGAUCUCUCAUUAGUCUUCGCAGUGACCACGUCGUCCUCGAACUGUGCCCCCA